GAGAGCACCUUCAAUGACUCCUCAAGACUUCAACCCCCGGACUGAGCCUAUGCCCUGCCAAGACAGCCGGGCUUUCCGUCGACCGAUUCGCCGCCUUCAUCUGAUAUUUUCCCGUUCUAGAGGAAUCUGAUCUAGAACAAACGCUACGUGAUACCAUGUGCCAGGCCUGAUGAAAGGCGCUUAAGAUCGCAUUUGAAAUGCUUCGUUCAUUGACUUGAGAGAUCUUUGCGCUGAUACUGAAGUCUGCGAUCACGUCACGUCCUGCUUUUCAAACUUUCACCAGUCACACUCUUCAGGCAACAGCUUCAUUCUGUAUGGUGGUCAAUUGAAUCAACGCAGCAUCUCAACCUCCACAAUGGACGAAGAAAAUUUCCGAGACUUCCUCCCCACGUCUUUUGGCGGCGCAGGAGCAGAUUUUGACCCGGCAGCCCAGAUGGAACAUGCCAGGCGAAAAGGAGUCGGUUUGCCAGAACCCAAAGCAGCCAAAUCAGCAAGUUCGACGAACGGGAGCGACUCUGAUGGCGACGACGAUUCCGACGAUGAUUCGGAAGAUGAGGAUGAAUAUCCAGUCUCACAUGAAAUUGUCUUCAAAACGCACGAUCGACCAGUCACCACAAUUACCGUCGACCCAGCAGGCUCGCGCAUGAUCACAGGCUCAACAGGUUGUACGAUCAAACUCCACGACUUUGCUACUAUGACCCCGAAUACGUUACGAGCAUUUAAGUCAGUCGAUCCAACGGCGACCAAGUCUUCAGCAAAUACAGAAACACACCCUGUACAUGUCGCCAAAUUCAACCCGAAUUCUCCAGGUCAAGUCCUUGUCAUAUCAGCCACAACGCAAGCGAAGAUCCUUUCACGAGAUGGCGAAACUAUCACAGAAUUUGUCAAGGGCGACAUGUAUUUGCGAGACAUGAACAUGACGAAAGGGCACAUCAGUGAGAUUACGAGUGGCACAUGGCAUCCCCACUUGCACAAUCAGUUCGUAACUGCCGGAACUGACAGCACACUCCGUAUCUGGGAUGCCAACAUGCGCAUGAAACAAAAAGAUGUUAUUGUGCAUAAAUCGAGAGCCAUGGGCUCAGCUGGGCGGAGUCGAAUGACGGCAGUGGCAUGGGGCAGUCAAGUCGAAGGCGGCAACAGUCUCCUUGUUGCUGCCGCUCUUGACGGCUCUCUACUCAUGUGGGGUGGUGAAGGACCUUACCACAGACCCAGUGGUGAAAUCACUCAGGCUCACACCAGCAACACCUGGACAAGCGGACUAGACAUCAGUACAGACGGUCGUCUCGUUGUGACCCGCGGUGGCGACGACACGAUCAAACUCUGGGACACACGCAAAUUCAAACAACCCGUCAAUACGACUUCUCACAUCUCGACGUCAAGCCAAUACCCGACGUCGAAUAUCCUGUUCGCGCCCAACUCAUCCUCCAUCAUCACCGGCUCCGAGACAGGAGACCUAUAUAUUUUGAAUCCAGCCACUCUCAAGCCAGACCUAGUGACCCCAGUGACGCCUGGAUCGCCGCUCAUCAGCGUCCUCUGGCAUGACAAGCUCAACCAGAUUAUUACGGGAAGCGCAAACGCCGAAACCCACGUCCUUUUCAAUCCUAAAAUCUCCACGAAGGGCGCAGUAAUGGUGAUGUCGAAGCAACCCAAGCGCCGGCACGUCGAUGACGACCCCAGCCUCACGACAGAUAUGUCACAAGGAAUCUCUGCAGACGCGAUUAUCGUCCCCGGAAGUGGCGGUCAAGCGGCGAUCCAGGGCAGCACAUACUCAUCGCGGCAUCCAACGAUCGGUCUUACCGCAUCCGGCAAAUCCCGCGAUCCCAGGAGACCGCAUGUCCCGGUGUCGACCCCGUUUUCCAGGAAUCAGCCUGAUGAGGAGCACAUCAAGAAGAGCAUCCCACUUAGUUCGAUGCGCGAGGAAGAUCCGAGAGCAGCGCUGCUCAAGUAUGCGGACAAAGCGGAGCAGGAUCCCAUGUUCACUAAGGCUUGGAAGGCGACGCAGCCGAAAACCAUCUACGCCGAUCUUAGUGAUGAGGAAGAUGAUGGGCCAGAUAAAAAGAAACAGAGGACAUGAUAAUUUUAUUUUAUCUUAGUAUGAGGGUGAGCCCCGACAAGGAGGCAUCGAAGUCUGUGGCACGAUGAGAGACUGAUGGACAACCUGGUCAACGUAAGAAUAAUUUCGGUAUGGAAGGCGACGACCGCAGGUCCAAGCGACAACCUCAGCAAGCGAUCCAGUUUCAAAUCCUCUCGACCAAGUUCCUCGUUUUGCUUUCUGGCCAAGUUCCCUUCAGAUUAUCGAUCUCAACCUUGCCACUCCACAUAUCCUAGCAUAUGCAUGGGGAUACGUUCUGCGCAGCAUAGUAGGGACACUCAUAUCCGGCCUGGUGUACUAUUUUCCAUC